AUGAAGGCCAAGGAGGACUUAGAGAUGAAGGAGGAGGAAGAGAGCAGUGAGAUGGGAGAGGUAGGCCCUUGCGCUCCUGUGCCCCAGGACAAGGGGAGCUGUUUUUUGGAGGUAUGGGAGUAUUUCCACCGGGCCAUUUCAUGUGUUGGGCACCACCCCAAUCAGUAUGCCACCUGCUGCCUGUGUGGCAGGCAGGUGAGCCAUGGCCCUGGGGUUAAUGUGGGAACCACAGCCCUGUGGAAGCAUCUAAAACGCAUGCACAGAGGGGAACUGGAGAAGAGUGGCCAUGGUCAGUCAGGACAGCUGGGACCCAGGACGCCAGCGCCACAGCUCCCCAUGAGCAUUGAGCGCAACUGGGACAGGCUCCUGCAGCAGGUGGGGGCCCUGGCUUCUUGGGCCAGCCGAAGAGAAAAAGAGGUGCUCAGGAGAGAGAGGGCUGUGGAAAGGAGAGAGCAAGCCCUGAGAGUGGAAAGGGCCACCCUGGAAAGGAAGUGGAAGGGGAGAGCUGCGAGAGAAGCCUGCCAGAGGGAGAAGGGCCUGUCCGGAGGAGCAGCUCAUCCAUUCCAUUUUCUUUAA